AUGAAACUUGCCAAAGUUAUAAAGAUUAUCAAUCAAGUCGAUCAAGUAUCAUUUCUUUCUAAAAUGAUAGAUCAUAUUUUAGGCAAACCAUCUCCUUCCUGGAAAAGAAUUCAAGUGUUUUACUACUUAAUCACAGUUGAUCGAAGAGGACCAGCUUUCUUUCGGAAAUUGAAUGAUCGAUUAUCGAAAUUUUCACCCUUUCAACUUAUUGCCGGUACUCUGGCGAUGAUUUACAUGUUAAAAAAUGUUGAUCGAAUGGUUGGGUUUGGGGCACCCGAACCACUCGCACGACUUUAUAGUCGCAAUUAUUAUAGAGCCACAUGGAUUAUUACUGCAUUAGAUGCCGGUUUUUGGACUGCCAUGACAAUUCGUCCAAAAUUUCUAAGAGAUAUUAUGUCUCUCGUUUUUGCUUUAUAUUAUUUGAUCUUUGCGGAUCAGGCAGAUGAAAAGGCUCGUCGUGUACGUUCUGUUGUUACUGUUGAGCAUAUACGUGUAGCAUGGGAAAAAACCUUAAAUCCGUGUUUACAUGCGCUUAUCAAAUUAUCAUUUCCACCUUUAACCAUUAAUAAAAAAAUCUUAAUUCCUCGUCCCCAAAAAAAUUCACAUGGGACAAAACCAGUCAGUGGUUAUUUAUAUUAUGCCGGAUCUAAAGAAAGUUUUGAAAAUUGUGAUAAUCUUAUUAUUAAUUAUCCCGGAGGUGGAUUCGUCAGUAUGUCACCUCCAUGUCAUGACUAUUUACCUCAAUGGGCAGCCAAAACCAAAUCACCUAUUAUAAGUAUUGAUUACGGUAAAGCACCGGAAUACCCUUAUCCAUAUGCUUUGGAAGAAUGUUUUGAUGUUUAUCAAAGCAUUGUAGAAAGCAAUGGAGAGGUGAUUGGGAUGGCCGGUUGGAAGGAUAAAGCCAUUAAUGAAAGGAAGAAAAUCAAAAUAGUCUUGGUUGGUGAUUCUGCCGGAGGGAAUCUAGUAACAUCAGUCAUGUAUAAAAUCCUAGAAUCCCCAACACCGCUUCCUCACCCAACUGGUCUUAUCCUUGUAUAUCCAUGUUUAGAUUUUAAUAUUGCGUGUUGGAUGUCUCCGUCUCAAUUAUCUGCUAUAAGAGCAGAAUCUACGAAAUCAAUCCCUGGGGUAUUGGAAUCUAAAGAUCAUUUAAGUCAUAAAAGCCCUUUAUCAGUGGUUCCAGAUGUUAAAAGGAAUAGAUGGAGAAAAAGUUUGGCAGGAUCAACCGAAGAUGAAAGGACUAUUGAAGAACGAGUUCAAGUAAUUGAAGGUCAUAGCGUGACUGAACACCGUAGUGAUAAAAUCCCACGUCCAGUUAUCGGGACCAGAUUAGCAAUGACUAGUCGAAUGAGUUUUUUUAAUGACAGAAUUGUUAAUCCCGAUCUAAUGCGCGCAAUGGCCAUACUUUAUAUUGGACCUAAUAAUUAUCCCGACUUUGCAUCAGAUUACUUACUUUCUCCCAUCAUUGGUCCAGAUGAAUUAUUGGCUCAAUUUCCAAAAACGUAUCUUAUGUGUGGUGAAAAGGACCCUUUCGUUGAUGAUACUGUAGUACUUGCUGGUCGUAUACGCGAAGCUAAGCGAAAGAAAAAACAAAUGAAUAAGGGGAAAUUUGGUGAAGGGUUGAGGAUGAGCGGUUUAAACGAGCUUGAUAAGCCAGACGAUUCUGAAAACAACUGGGUGGAGGUUAAGAUUCUUCAAGGAAUUAGUCACGCAUUUUUACAGAUGUAUCAUUUAUUACCAGAAAGUAAAGGCGCCAUAGGGGCAUGUGCACUAUGGAUGCUCGAAUGCUUUCGAGAUUCACCGCAAACAAACAACAUUUUAACAUCGAAUGUAACAAUCAAAAAUGAAAAUGAUGAAAGACUUAUAUUUGGACCUCAUCAUUCAAAUACUACCAAAUUCACGCAAAAUACACAAAAUGAUACAAAUAUUUCAUCCCAGAUAUCGGACAACGUCGAAAGCCCGUCAAUAAAUCAAGUUUCAAAUUCAAUAUCAAAUGCAUCAAGUGAAACAAUUCAAAAACAACCGGUUGACACAUCAGAAAUUGAUGUUUCCGCUUCACGAGUUAUUUUGUCACCGGGACAUGAAAGAGAGCGUGUUCUUUGGGAACAACAAAAUAUAUUACAUGAACAUGAAAUAAUGAAUAGAAGACGCGAGACUUUAGUAAGAAAUCUUGCUGAUUGA